AUGGCAGCUGUCGACCCCAACGAUUCUCCCCACGCUGGCCCUCCUGCUACCUCUGUCAUUCUCGCCAUCAUGAUCGCCAUUCUCAUCCUAGGUUGCGUCUUCGUCGCCCAGCGAUCCUCAACCCUCGAAGUAAUUCGCGAGACUAUCACCGAGCGGAUACGAGGGGGGAGAGCUGGCGUUGGGGAAGAAACCCUGCAGUCGAUGCCGGUCGUCAAGUACAACGAAGCCCUCAUCGACGAGCUGGAGAGUCCGGGACGAGCAAAAUCUGUUUCGGUAUGGACGAGGACAAGGUUGAGAUUUUGGAGCUGGGCUCAGAAGAAGAAGGACAGGGCAGCGACUCCAUCAACUGAACACAGUGAUGGCGCGUUAGAAAGCGGCACGCUGAGGCCCGAAAAGAAACGAUCAUCAACAAGAAGUCAUAGCUGCGCCAUCUGCACCGAGGACUUUGUCGAAGGAGGUGAUGUUCGGAAGUUGUCAUGUGGACAUAUCUUUCACCCGUCGUGCGUUGACCCGUGGCUGCUGCAGUUUGCGGUUACAUGUCCAUUAUGCCGAGUUGAUCUCCAGGCCAAGACGGCAGUCAAUGCUGUGACGAGACCUCAACGAGCGUUACAGCGAGACACAAGCAGAGUUGAGUGA